AUGUCGAACUUCCUCCGUCGGGCCUCCGACGCCUUGCACCAUCCGCGCAAGGGGUCUCAAGACGAGCCCGUCAAUCCGGAUUCGGCCAACCCUCCUACGGCAGAGACGCAGGCGCCACAAGACGCACAAGAGCCCCUAGGGCCUAAUGCCGCGCCCGAGUUUCAGCGCGAAUCCCAGCCCGAGGACAAAGACAAAGCCGGUUCGUCUUUUCUCUCCUGA